CGGUGAGGCCGUAGUCUCUUGGCGUGGGAAGGAGCCUCUUGGCUGGGGGAGGGCUCACUGGGGCCCGUGUCCCCCUCCCAGGCUGCGGGGACGCCAGGCAGGCAUGGUCGGCUAUGACCCGGAGGCCAAGUGCGUCUCCUCGGUGGAAGCGGCGGUAGCAGGAUCAGCAUCUGGCUUGGUCAGUCGGGUCCUUGUCAGUCCCUUGGACGUCAUCAAGAUCCGCUUUCAGCUUCAGAUCGAGCAGCUCUCCUCCAGAAACCCAGGGGCUAAGUAUCAUGGCAUCUUGCAAGCUGUACAGCGCAUCUCCCAGGAAGAGGGGUUGCUAGCCUUCUGGAAGGGCCAUGUUCCCGCUCAGCUCCUUUCAGUUGGCUACGGAGCUGUUCAGUUCAUGGCAUUUGAAAGCUUGACAAAACUGGUGCACAAUGUCACCUCAUACAAUGCCCGCGAUUCCUUUGUGCACUUCGUCUGCGGUGGACUGGCUGCUUGCACCGCCACUGUUGCAGUUCAGCCUGUUGACACACUACGCACCCGCUUUGCUGCUCAGGGUGAGCCUAAGAUCUAUCCUAACCUUCGCCAUGCAGUGGUGACGAUGUACCAGACAGAAGGGCCUCGGACUUUCUAUAGAGGUUUGACCCCCACAAUCAUUGCUAUCUUUCCGUAUGCUGGUCUCCAGUUCUCCUCCUACAACAUCCUGCAACAGUUUUCUGAAUGGGUGAUUCCAGCUGAAGAAAAGAAAGGAGGCAAUGUUAAAAACCUUGUUUGUGGCAGCUGCGCUGGAAUCAUCAGCAAAACCCUCACUUACCCUUUUGACCUGUUCAAAAAACGACUGCAAGUGGGUGGCUUUGAGCGUGCCCGGGCAGCCUUUGGGCAGGUGCGGAUGUACAGGGGUCUCCUGGACUGCAUAAGGCAGAUCAUGCGAGAGGAGGGCCCAGGUGGAUUCUUCAAGGGCCUUUCGCCCAGCUUGCUGAAAGCUGCUGUCUCUACUGGCCUUGUCUUCUUUUGGUAUGAGCUGUUCUGCAGCCUGCUGUGUGCCCUGAAGAACACCGAUAGCACUAUGAGGACAGAAGGCUGAAAGGGGUGUGUAUGUGGCUACCUGGGGUUCUCCUGGAGGAAGGGAAACUGAUGGCUUUGCUCUGUUGUGAGCAUGUUGGAAAUGUCAGAGCUCCCAGAGCUCCACCAGCCUGCAGGAAAUCGCCUCGUGGGACCAAGCAGAAGGAAAAGGCGACUGCAGUUCUUCUGAAGACACUGAACUGCUUUGCUGGAAGCUGUUCAACUGAGCACUUUUUUUCCUCUGUCUCCUCUCAUAUCAGCACACAUUUAGUGGGGAGCGGGGGAACCAAGCAGAAAACUACCUAGCAGAGACUGUGCUCUGAAAAGGCACCCAAUAAAGUGGGUGAAUUCCUGUGCUUGCCCUGGAUCACAGAGAGGGAUCCUGGCCUAGCUAGUGCUGCAUAACCAACGUAACGUCACUUCCUAUCGCUGCAUCUGCACAGCUUUAUUUCCUUGCUUUAUGGCCUGCUGUUUGCACCGUAUUCUUUUUUUGGUGUUGCACAGGUAGCUCUGUCCUGCUGUUGUGAAGUCAGUUAAAACCUCUUUAGUGUGCACAGAACCUCCCUUUUCUUUGCUGCCAGCUGCUGCUUCUUGAUUACCACUUGCUGGCUGUGCAUUCUCAGCCACCUUAAACACAGAAUCUUCUAGUGGAUCAUGCUGACCCAACCUUUCUCUUUCUUUAACUCUGGUGAGCUUGGUUGUAUCCUAAGUGCCCAUUUCUCUUCCUGCAUGUCUUGCCAUACAUCUCUUAGGGUUUUGCUUUGCCUCGGUCAUGCUUUUUACAAGUAGACCUGCAGAUUAAGAACCCCGCUGUAAGGGGAUUCAACACACAAGCCCAAUUCUUACUUCAGUGUUCUUUGCUUUGAUGCAGUGAGUAAACAAAUGCUGUAUAGAGUUUUAGAAAUACUUAGUCUAAGUUGGAAUAAUGAAGAAAAAGUCCUGUGGAAACUAGUA